AGCCUGGACACCAUGGGCAUGUCUGCGGGGGACGAGCGCGCCGCCAGCCCCAGAGACGAGGAGUGGCCGGAAGCAGAGAAGGCUGAGAAGCUGGCGAGAGGAGCUGCUCUGAAAUGGGCUUCAGGGGUGUUUUACCGCCCCGAGAAACUGGAGGGGCUCGGGCAUUACCGGAGACGGGAGACGCAGAGGAACAACUCCAUCCAGUCCCGUUUGAAGUCAACCGUCCAGUCCUACCUGGAGGGGGUGAGUGCAGGGCUGGAGCAGCUGCGGUCGGCGGCCCAGGAGGUGCAGGGCGUGUGCCAGGACCUGGGUGCUGCACGGUGGGCCCUGCUCGACAGUGCAGACCACUUCCAGGGCCUCCAGCAGAUGAGGAAGCUGAUGGAGGAGCAUGUGCAGCUGGCCUCAGUGGUCCAGGUGCUGCCCCAGAUCUUCUCGGUCCACGAGGUUUUUUCCCAUAUCCUGCAGCUGCUCCAUGGGCAGCGUCUCUUGGAGGCCCACGUGGAGCUCAUGAUGGUGGAGCAACUCCGGGAUGACAUCCUCUCCCAGCUGCACCUCCGUGGGCUCUCCGGUGCCCAGGCAACUGUGCUGUCCUACUUCAGUGGCCUGCAGGACCUCAACGAGAGCCUGGCCAAGCAGCUGUGGGACAUUGUGGGCAGCAGCCUGCGGCUGGUGCGCGAGGACCCCGUUCUCUUUGUCACUGCUGUGAGGAUCAUCGAGAGGGAGGAGAAAAUAGAUGAUGCUCUGCUCUUGGAGGCCACCUUCCUGCCCCCUGGCCGCCCAAAGGGCUGGAGGCAGAAGUUCUACCAGGUCCUCCAGGACACCAUCACAGGAGGCCGUUUCCAUGCUCCCCGCUUGGAUGCUGAGGGGCCAGGGCUGGCCAAGCACCUGGCAGCGCUGCAGAAGGACAUCGUGUCUGAGCUGCUUGUGGUGAAGGACCUGAUGGUCCAGUGUGUCCCAGCUCACUACAACAUCCUCAGCGUCUGCACUGCCACCUACCACCAGGCCCUCAGCAGCCACCUCCAGGAGAUCCUGCGGGAGGACCUGGACAAACAGGGACUCUUCCUUCUCCUUGAGUGGGCGCUCCGUGUGUACCACAGCCCAGAGAUGAUGGCUCACCCUGACCUCCUCCCAGAAGUGGAUGUUUCUGCUCUGGAUCCCUUGAUGUCCUCUGAGCUCGUGGAUCAGACAGAGAGGAGAUAUGUGAUGAAAGUCAAGGCUAGCGUGUUCGAGUGGAUGCAGAGAACCCUGGAGGUGGAGUUCAAGGAAUGGUUCAGGGAAGAGGAACCUGAGACAGACCAUGAGGGCUUCUUCCAGUCAGCCUUGCCUGCCAUUGUCAUGCAGAUGCUGAAUGAGAACAUCCAGGUGGCUUCCUUGAUCACCGACUCUCUGCAGCAGAAGAUCUACAACAUGGCCUUGGAGGAGCUUGAGGCAUUCCUGGGCCGCCUGAGGGAAGCGCUGGUGCAGUGCGGGAAGGAGCACCAGCAGGACCGGGCCGUUCCCAAGUACUACAUCUCCCACCUGCUGGCCGUGCUCAACAACAACCUGGCUCUCAGCAAUUCUGUCUCCUCCCUGCACCCUGACACUGCCUGCAGAGAAGUGCCUGGAUCCCUGCAGGCUGCUCUAGACAGGAUGCAGAAGAAAGCUACCCAGUUGCUGCUGGAGGAACUGCUCCUGGACCUGCAGCCCCUCUGCCUGCAGCUGCCUUCCCGCAAGUGGCUCUCCGGGUCCCAGCUGGUCGGCAGCAUGUGUGAAGUGAUUGACAAGUAUGCAAAGGACUUCUCCCGCGUCAGGAAACCUGUGUUCACGCUCCUGCUGGCCGAGAGUGAGCUCCUGGUGGCGAACCAGUACCUGCGGGCCCUGCUGCAGAGGAAGAUGGUGUGCAAGAGCCGGGAGGAGCGGGGCCAGCUGUGCCACCGCCUGCUGCAGGACGCCUCGCAGCUCCGGGAGCUCUUCUGUGGCCUGGGCCUGGACCGGGGCCAGCAGAGCCUGGAGGCUGUUUUUGCCCUGCGGGAGCUGAUCUGCCUCAAAGACCCAGCAUUACUCAGCCUGGAGGUGCUGGGCUUCAUCACCAAGUACCCCGAUGUCAGCGAUGAGCACAUCUCCACCUUGCUGGACAUCCGCGGGGACGUCUCCAAGGAAGUGCGGCACGUGGUGCUGGAGAUGAUGGCUCAGCACCCCCAGGCUCUGCCCGAGGGCUACCGGCCCAUCUUCAGCACCAUCCUGGUCCCUGUGCCCGAGCUGCCCUUCUGCCUUCGCAAGGGCAAGUGUGCCUGACCCUGCCUGGCACUGGUGCCCUGCUGGCCCAGCUAGGGGCUGUGCAGGGUGAGAACAGGUGACACGUGGCAUCCCCUACACACGGCACCUCAUCCUGUGUUGGGGACAGUCUGGAUAAAGGCCAUUCUCCUCUGGUCUUGCUCCAUGAGAAGACUGUCCCCUACAAGCACCAGUCCUGGGAUAUCUGGACUGGGGGAAAUCCAACCUGUAGCUGUUUUGGUGGCCUGCUGGGACAGUGACUGAGGGCUGCUCAGGCCCAUUGCCCGCAGGAGAAAGAAGAGUUGCAGAAUGGACAGGAAUCUGCAGCUGGGACAAAUUCGCAUCUCUAUGGGGCUGCAGAGAUGUUUGGGUUUUCCCAAGUCUCCAGACAGCCCCCUGAACCAGUGUGUGUCCCAGCCAGCUCUAAGUUUCUAUGCUAUUUCUAAGGCCUGCUUUCCCAGCUCUCCCAAAACCCUCUGAUUUUAAGGAUUCUCACACUACCCAUGAAGGCUGUCACCAUUCCAAGUCUGAUGCAGACUGGAGCCUUGCUGGGACCAGGCUGGCAGGAGAGUUUCAGCCAUGGGAGGUACCCUGGGCUCAGCCCUGGGGUUGGGUGCUGCUGCUCCACCUGGCUGGGUCCUGCAUGGCCAGUGGGGAGCAGCUGAGCCAGCUCGUCAUGGCUCAGAGAUGCUGAGGAGAAGAGCACAAGGUGGUCUCCCCAUCCUGGACAGUGCCAUCAGCCCUAUCCCUGCUGGCACAAAGGGACAGCUCUGAGUUCCUGCUGACCUGCCAGACCCCUGGCUCUGGCUCAUUUGCCAGGAGGAAGACUGGAGUUGGAGGCUCCCAAACUGCAUGGAGAGCCUGGUUGUGCCUGGUGUGUUGUCCUGCUCCAAGGUUCCUCCGUGAUGGGCAGCACCACCCUGAGCACUGGCUCUUCCUCCCUCCUGUGCUGCUGCCCAGGCCUUGGCAUCUCCUCCAGGUGCCAUAUGAAGAUCAGGAGCAGUCUGUGUCUCUCCCUACACCCUUUGCCCAGCCCCUGCAGCGCCCUUGGAGACCUCCAUGCUCUGCCACGCUUCCCACCCUGGGAUGGGCCACAUCCCACUGUCCUUGCAUGGUACCACUGCUGGAAAUAAAGGCCUAAGCUCUGCACUUGU